ACGUCAUUGGAUGAUUGGAAAAUCAAAAAAAAAUUUUUGUUUUGUUGAUUUUAUUUAAUUUUUGUAGACGAUUGUAUAUUUAUAUAUAUUUUUGUGAUUUCUUCAAUAUGGUAUGCCUACAUUUUGUACAAUUAAAAAAAUCCGAGGCAGUUAUAAACACUGAUAAAAAUAACCUGAAUUCAAAACAAUGUAACUUUGUUUCGAAUUGAAAGCAAAAAUGCGGCAUGUAAGUAAGAAAAAAGCUGUUUGUUUUGGUUUGGUGGCGGGAUCCUUAAUUUUAUUUUUACGACCAAAUAACAUGCCGCGGCAAAACUAUGAAUAUAUCAAAAAGGAAAGCAUUCUUGAAAGCUUAAAAGUAGCUCAAGGCUUUAAUUUUAGUAGCACGGCCCUGGCAAACUGUGAUUAUUAUGAUGUAGUGAAUGAUGAUACAUCUCUAAUGGUGGGUGAUCUAGAUGGCGAUUUAGAAGAAGGCCACAAAAUAAAAGAAGGUGGAGAAUAUGCGCCACUAGAAUGUAAGCCAAAGUAUAGCACUGCUAUAAUUGUUCCUUACAGAGACAGGGCAGAACACCUGAGAGGUUUCCUAGUCCACAUGCAUACAUUUUUGAGGAGACAACAUAUACAUUAUCGUAUUUACGUGGUUGAACAAGUUGACACACAUCCAUUUAAUAGAGCAAAAUUACUAAAUGUUGGUGCUAAGGCUGCAAUGAACGCUGGCUAUCCUUGUCUGAUUCUUCAUGAUGUAGACUUAUUGCCAUUGAAGUUAGCAAAUAUUUAUGCAUGCACAAGUCUGCCCCGACAUAUGUCUUCAAAUACUUAUAAACUAAGAUUUAUGUUGCCAUAUCAUAACCAAUUGGGUGGUGUUAUAGCAAUCCUGUCUGAAGACUAUAAGGCAAUAAAUGGCAUGAGUAAUAAGUACUAUGGAACAAGCGGAGAUAAUGAUGACCUGUUCUUUAGAGUUGAAGCAAACAAUCUAAAAAUGUGUAGAUUUGAUCCAACUGUCAGCAUGUACCAUAUUCUAAGUAGCGAUGAAUCUGUUGAAAUUAAACCACUAAAGGAAGAACGUGGAAUAUUUAAGGAUUUGAUGUGGAAAGACGGACUAAACACACUGGAAUACACUGAAGUUGCAACCGUACUCCAUCCAUUGUUUACUCAUAUCAUGAUUGAUACAUAGUAUUAUCAAUUUUUUUUUAUUGGAAGAGGAUGACAUACAGGCUUAAUGUAGAGUCAAGUUUAUAUAUUGCUGAAGCCCAUAAUGUCACGCAACAUCAUUGGAAUCACAAGAUUGUUGCCAACCUUUAUAGCUGAGUACUGACUGAACGAGCAGCCUUCGCUCGCUAGGUAAACCUUCAGUCAGUCAAAACAUGCCUCACCCGAAUGUGCUGUCUGUCUGUUCACUAUAAACUCAAAAACUAUUGCACUGAUUUUCAUGCUGUUUUCACCAAUGGAUAGCAUAGUUCUCGGGGCAGGUUUAAGUAUAUAAUUUGUUAGAUUUUUGUAAACAUUAGCAAUCUUUGUUUGAAGUAUAAAGAAAUAACUCAUCUGGGAGCUUUUAAAAUAUUAAUAUACACUAAAAUUUACUAUUAUUUACAGUAUCAUAAAAGCUAAUGGAUUAUAAUGCGCUUCAUGCUAGGGAACUAAAAUAUAGUCUAACAUUUAUAGCACACCAUCUUAUCAUUUAUAAUAAAAAUAAUACCCAACCCGGUUAUGAACUUUUAAGAAAUAGUGACCACAAUAAAAAAUAUUCAUUAUGAUUGUU